GGAGCAGUCCAAUGGGGAACUACAAAUCCCGGCCAAACCAGACCUGCACAGAUGAAUGGAAGAAGAAAGUGAGUGAGUCUUACGCAGUGGCGGUGGAGAAGCUGCAGGAUGACCAGCGCAUUAAGGAGACCGAGCUGGUGGAACUAAAGCACGUCUUCAGCUCGGACGAAGCCUUCAGUAAAGUGAACAUGAACUACCGGACAGAGAACGGAUUGUCCCUUCUUCACCUCUGCUGCAUCUGUGACGGUAACAAGGCCCACGUCAGGACCCUGAUGCUGAAAGGUCUACGCCCCUCCCGGCUGACCAAGAACGGAUUCACCGCCCUGCACCUGGCUGCAUUCAAGGCAAACGCUGAGCUGGUGACCAGUCUCCUCCACGGUGGGGCGGAUAUUCAGCAGGUCGGGUAUGGAGCUCUCACGGCGCUGCACAUUGCCACUAUCGCCGGGCACAGUGAGACUGUCGACAUCCUCCUGCAGCAUGGAGCUUUCGUCAAUGUUCAGGACGCCGUGUUCUUCACUCCCCUGCACAUCGCCGCUUACUUUGGCCACGAGCAGGUAACCCGGCUGUUGCUGAAGUUCGGGGCAGAUGCCAAUGUCAGUGGGGAGGUGGGUGACCGACCCCUGCACCUGGCCUGUGCAAAGGGCUUCCUUAACAUCGUCAGCCUGCUGCUUACAGAGGCCAGCUCCGCCGAUGUCAACGCCCUGGACAAUGAGGACCACUCACCCCUCCACUUCUGCUGUCGCUUUGGCCACCACGAGAUCGUCAGGUACCUGCUGCAGGGAAACUUUGGUGUGCAGCCUCACGCAGUGAAUAUCUACGGAGAUACAGCUCUGCACCUCGCCUGUUACAACGGUAAAAUGGAAGUGGCCAGCGAGCUGAUCCGUCUCUCGGGGACAGAGAGCCUGACCAAGGAGAACAUCUUCAGUGAAACCUCCUUCCACAGCUCCUGCACCUAUGGGAAGAACAUCGAGCUGGUGGAGUUUCUGAUCAGCCAGAACGCCAUGAGUAUAAACCAUCAGGGGCGGGACGGACACACCGGGUUACACAGUGCCUGUUACCAUGGUCACAUUCGGCUCGUCCAAUUCCUGCUGGACAGUGGAGCAGACAUGAAUCUGGUGGCCUCUGACCCCAGCCGCUCCAGUGGAGAGAAGGAUGAACAAACGUGCCUGAUGUGGGCAUACGAGAAAGGUCAUGACGCCAUUGUCACAUUGCUGAAGCAUUAUAAGCGGCCACAGGAUGAGUCUCCCUGCAACGAGUACUCCCAGCCCGGAGGAGAUGGCUCCUAUGUGUCCGUUCCAUCUCCACUCGGGAAAAUCAAGAGCAUGACGAAAGAGAAAGCUGACAUCCUGCUCCUGCGAGCCAGCCUCCCUUCUCACUUCCACCUGCAGUUGUCCGACAUCGAGUUCCACGAAAUCAUCGGAUCAGGUUCCUUCGGCAAGGUUUACAAAGGAAGGUGCCGGAAUAAGAUCGUUGCCAUUAAAAGGUAUCGGGCGAACACCUUUUGCUCCAAGUCUGACGUGGACAUGUUCUGUCGCGAGGUCUCCAUCCUGUGCCGCCUGAACCACCCCUGUGUGAUCCAGUUCGUCGGAGCCUGCCUCAACGACCCCAGUCAGUUCGCCAUCGUCACCCAGUACAUCUCCGGGGGAUCCUUGUUCUCCCUCCUGCAUGAACAAAAGAGAAUCAUCGACCUUCAGUCCAAGCUGAUCAUCGCAAUCGAUGUGGCCAAAGGAAUGGAGUAUCUUCACAACCUGACUCAACCCAUCAUCCACCGAGACCUCAACAGCCACAACAUCCUGCUUUACGAAGACGGCCACGCAGUGGUUGCUGAUUUUGGAGAGUCCAGGUUCCUGCUUUCAAUGGAUGAAGACAACAUGACCAAACAGCCAGGGAACCUGCGGUGGAUGGCCCCUGAAGUCUUUACACAGUGCACUCGCUACACCAUCAAAGCCGACGUCUUCAGUUAUGCUCUGUGUCUCUGGGAACUACUAACGGGUGAAAUCCCCUUCGGUCACCUCAAGCCAGCUGCUGCAGCUGCUGACAUGGCGUACCACCACGUGAGGCCUCCCAUUGGCUACUCCAUUCCCAAGCCCAUCUCGUCCCUGCUAAUGAGGGGGUGGAACGCCUGUCCAGAGGAACGACCUGACUUUUCGGAAAUGGUGACCAACCUGGAGGAGUGUCUGUGUAACGUUGAGCUGAUGUCUCCAGCCUCCAGCAACAGCAGUGGCUCCCUCUCACCCUCCUCCUCCUCUGACUGUCUGUUGGCGCGUGGGGGUCCUGGCCGGAGUCACGUGGCCGCUCUGCGCACCCGCUUCGAGCUGGAGUACGCUCUCAAUGCGCGAGCCUACGCAGCCUGGUCUCAGAGAACUGGAGGGCAUAAGUCUAAGGGUGUUGGUGUUGAGGAGCUGAGGAAGAGCCUGCAGUACCCACCCAUGGAUGUGAACGGUUAUGUGUCGGACCCGCUGAGCACCAUGCGCUACAACUCCUGCAGCAGCGGCAGCCUGGAGGACAGUUCCUGAACCCAUUGCCUCAGCUCCUGGGGAGUGUGAGGGGAACAGCCGCAGACCAGCAGCUCAUGGACAACAAAUAAAAG